CUGGAUAAGCUUGUUUUAACUUAAUAUGGUGGUGUAUUUAUGUGGAAUUAUGGCCAGCACUGGUCUAUGGUGAUGUUAUAAGCCUGUAUUACGUAUGCCAAGAGCUAAUGUCGGUGACGGCUACUGUUUGCUCUGCUAGUUAAGAUCCGCGGUUAGCCAGCUGGUCACUAACUUAGCUGAAAGCACAGUAAAGUGUAUAUAGCUAGCUAACGUUAUUUAUUUGUUGCUUAGCCAUGUCCCUGGCUAUUAACCGGUUUAUCAUACAACUGUGCCAUUGUGAAAUAUGUCUUUAAACAAGUCUGUGCCUCCCUUGUGCUGAAUUUAACUGAAUAACCUCAGGCGUUAACAUUUGGUGUUGUUUUCAUCUGAAAUGUGCUCUCUUUCAGUAAGUGACUAGCUGACGUUAGCAAGUAAUGUCUCUUACGUUACCAUCCGCCGAUGUAAAUGAAACACCUCCGGGAUAUCCGUUUGAAGAAAUCAACUAUGAGGAUAUUGAAGUUGAGGAGGUUGUGGGGAGAGGAGCUUUUGGGGUUGUUUGCAAAGCCAAAUGGAAAGGCAAAGAUGUUGCAAUCAAGACCAUUGAGAGUGAAUCAGAGAGGAAAGCCUUUAGUGUUGAGCUCCGGCAGCUUUCACGUGUGAAUCACCCCAACAUUGUGAAGUUGUACGGCUCUUGCAAAAAUCCAGUCUGUCUUGUGAUGGAAUACGCUGAAGGCGGGUCAUUGUACAAUGUGCUGCAUGGUGCUGAACCCCUCCCCUUUUACACUGCUUCCCAUGCCAUGAGCUGGUGUUUUCAGUGUUCCCAGGGCGUGGCCUAUCUCCAUGGCAUGAAACCAAAGGCUCUGAUUCACAGGGACCUGAAGCCACCCAAUCUGCUUCUAGUGGCAGGCGGCACUGUGCUGAAGAUAUGUGACUUUGGAACAGCAUGCGACAUUCAGACCCACAUGACCAACAACAAAGGAAGUGCAGCAUGGAUGGCCCCAGAGGUAUUUGAAGGCAGCAAUUACAGCGAGAAGUGUGAUGUGUUUAGCUGGGGGAUCAUUCUCUGGGAGGUGAUCACUCGCAGGAAGCCCUUUGAUGAAAUUGGAGGACCAGCUUUUCGCAUCAUGUGGGCUGUGCACAACGGCACAAGGCCUCCUUUAAUCAAAAAUUUGCCGAAGCCCAUAGAGAGUCUGAUGACUCGCUGCUGGUCUAAAGACCCUUCUCAGCGGCCCUCUAUGGAGGAGAUAGUGAAGAUUAUGACUCAUCUAAUGAAGUACUUCCAAGAUUCUGAUGAACCUCUGCAAUAUCCAUACCAGUAUUCAGAUGAGGGACAGAGCAACUCUGCAACUAGCACAGGUUCAUAUGUGGACAACACUGGCACCGGCACAAGCAACAAAAGCGACACAAACAUGGAGCACAGUGAUUCUCAAGGGAGCAACGACACUAUAAAGAUUACGCCUCAGUUUGCUCCUUACUUCAAGCCAAAGGCAGACCCAUUGAGGACUCUGCCUCUGUCCAGGGGGGGCAGUGUUGAGAGCCUGCCUGCACGAACUCAGUGCCUGGUGUCAUCUGACAGCAAACGAAUGAGUACUGACCUGUCCGAGCUGGAGCCAAAGAUGCAAUUUACACCUGCAGCACGUCCCCCGUAUAAACGAGGCCACCGUAAAACGGCAUCAUACGGCACCAUUCUGGAUGUCCCCAAGAUCGUCGUCACAGCCACAUGUGAGUCUCAGAGACGUCGAUCUGUGCAGGAUCUGCCAGGCAUCGGCACGGAGUCCAGCCAGGGCAGCAGGAACAGCAGCCGCUCCUCCAGUCCCAGUGUGAGGAUGAUGGCUCCUGAUAAGACCAGCAGAGCUUACUUCUCCCCCGAUGAAGCCACAGACACCAACGGAUCAGACAACUCCAUCCCCAUGGCUUAUCUGACCCUGGAUCACCAGCUGCAGCCUCUCGCUCCCUGUCCCAACUCCAAAGAGUCCAUGGCCGUGUUUGAGCAGCACUGCAAGAUGGCCCAGGAAUACCUGAAGGUGCAAACAGAGAUCGCCCUGCUGAUCCAGAGAAAGAAGGAGCUGAUUGCUGAACUGGACCAAGAUGAGAAGGACCAGCAGAACACGUCCCGUCUGGUGCAGGAGCACAAGAAGCUGCUAGAGGAGAACAAGAGUCUGUCCACAUACUACCAGAAGUGCAAAAAACAGCUGGAGCUGAUCCGGGUCCAGCAACAGAAGAGACAGGGCACGUCGUGAUGAGACAGAGACAUGUGAACUGCGCCAGCCCCCCAUCCUCAGCCCAGCACUAGAACACUACCCCCUUCUGAUACUCUGCACACACACACACACACACACACACACACACACACACACACACGCUGUUUCCAGUCCAGCUUUGUACAGAGACCUGCAUUCUUCUGUGUCCUGCAUGUUGCAUUGUAGACCCAUACUUGUGUCCAGCAGGACACAAGUCCUCUGUACGUACAUUUGCACAUCGUGCAGACCAAACAGUCACUGCACCCGGUCUGGAUCACACCUGAGCCUGCUGCUGUGCUCCGGCGUGGAGCUGUUCUCCUCUGGCAAGCCCAGGACUGUGGCUCGGGGGUGUCUAAACGUCUGCUGCCUGCUCGGUGUGUCCACUCCUCAGCCACUGUGCAAACCAAGAGAAAAAGUGUGAAUCAUAUGCAGAUUUUGGAGAUCAAGGAGGAUGUUUGAAACUUGUUAUGCAAACCACACACCCUUAAAUGACCGUAUUUCUCUCUACCCUCUCCCUUUUCUAAUUGUGAGCAUGAGCCCUUCCAGAGAACACGGACUUCUUUGAGGUGUUUUCAGUUCAGAGAGAAAGGAACAGCGUGGGCUGUGGGUGAACACAGAUGCAAACACACACCUAGCUUCCAGAGCAGAUACAGAGAGUUGUGGGUGCCCUUUUUAUUUUAACUUAAGUAUUGUUUUGCGUGUAGGUGUUUUUGUCUUUUCUAUUAAGUAGUUCACUUUUUAUGAUAGCUUUUGUGUCAUUUUUUUCAUUAGGACAUAUUUUAUCUGGUCUGGGAAUGCUCUUGCGGACAAAAUAGAGGAGCCUGUAGCUCCCUUUACAGUAUCUAGUUUGUUUUUAGUUCACAUGUUGCCUUAGGACUUGCCUGCAUUUUAAGAUCUUGUUUUAUGUGACAUUUAGCGGGGGGGAAAAAGCUAAGAAAAAGAAGAUAUUUUUAAUGUAAUGGACAGUGAAUGAAAUUCUAGAGAAGGAUCUAUGUCAGUAGGCUGAUAAUGUAAAUGUUUCCCACCAGCUUCACAUACCAAACAUGACAUGUACUCUAAAAGAAUGUGAUUUCUUUCUCGUCUCGUAUACCUAAAGUACUUUUGCACAAUCACUUUUGUUUUGUUUUGUCAUGUACAAGUUUUAUUUCUCAUUUAAGCAAUUCAGAUUUUAAAAGUGCGAGACUUGAUGAGUCUAUCUUUUAAAUGUGUUACUGUACAGGAGUUAAUAUUCACCUUCCUCAAGAGUUUUCUGUUCACUAACAAUUCUUUUACCACUCACACACCGCUGUUUAUGAAGUGUUUCCUAAAUUAUUGGGAACUGAGUUACGUUACACGACAGUGAGUAAGGCAUUAUGAAAUAAAGUGAACGGUGAACAGAUUCUA